CAGCAGCACAGCACUUCCCACCAGCACACAGUUCAGCCUUCAGUAUGUGGGUCAUCGCUGUCAUCUCUUUGGCCUGUCUGCUGGUCAGUCCGUCUCUAGCCGGGAUCAAAGACCUCGAGUCUCACUUCACUGACCCUCAGCCGGAUCCCAGAGGCUUUGAAGGGGGGGCCGUGGAUAUAGAGGCCAUCCCGUUGGAGUUCCACAAAGAAAACACGGUCACUAAAGAUCUGGUUUUUGACGGUUUUGAUGAUGAGGAUUAUAUUGAUUUCGAUAAGAUCCUGGCUGCUGGCAAUGACGACUACAUUGAGGGGGAUGAGAUAGAUGACAUUCCCACAGCAGCUCCAGACAUCGAUAUUUUUGCCGAACCCUCCGACCCAAAGAUUCGUCGGGCCAGACUCUUAAGGCUGUUCCAUGGUCGUUCUCGCCUCCAGCGUCUCAAUGUCGUUAACGCCCAUUUUGGUUUCAACCUCUAUCGAAGUCUUCGCAAUGACGUCAACCAGACUGAUAACAUCCUGCUGGCACCUGCUGGGAUCUCUAUCGCCAUGGGGAUGAUGUCUUUAGGAGCUGCAUCAGGAACCCACGAUCAGAUCUACCAAGCUCUGGGAUUCGCUGAGUUUGUCAAUGCGAGCCAUCACUAUGACAACACCACAGUGCACAAGCUGUUCAGGAAGACAACACACAGGCUCUUCAGGAGGAAUUUUGGCUACACACUGCGCUCUGUGAAUGAUGUCUACGUUAAGAAGAAUGUCACAGUGAAGGAUACUUUCCGUGCAGAGACAAAAAAGUUUUAUUACGCAGAGCCGCAGUCAGUGGACUUCAGGGACCCUGCUUUCCUGAACAAAGCCAAUCGUCGCAUCCUGAAGCUCACCAAAGGGUUGAUCAAAGAACCACUAAAGAGUGUAGACCCUAAUAUGGUGCUGAUGCUGCUCAACUACCUGUACUUCAAAGGAACAUGGGAACAACAGUUCCCCAAAGAAAUGACUCACUAUCGCAACUUCAGAGUUAAUGAAAAGACAACUGUCCGUGUGCCAAUGAUGACCAAUAAGGGGAACUAUCUAACUGCGGCGGACCAUGAACUGGAGUGUGACAUCCUACAGCUCCCAUACACAGGAAACAUCAGCAUGCUCAUUGCUUUGCCAAGGAAGGUGGCUGACAUGAGGAACUUGGAACAGGAGAUCUCUCCCACUGUUGUCAACAAAUGGCUUAAAAAUAUGACAAACAGGACUCGAGAGGUGGUGAUGCCUCGGUUUAAACUGGAGCAGAACUAUGACUUGAUUCCAAAUUUGAAAGAGAUGGGCCUCACUGACCUAUUCGAAGAGAGCGGAGAUUUCUCUGGAAUGACCUCUGAAAAAGUUGCCAUGAACUAUCUGAAGCACCAGGGAACCAUCACUGUGAAUGAGGAGGGCACAGAGGCUGCAGCUCUGACCCAGAUGGGCUUCAUGCCCCUCUCCUCCCAGAUCCACUUCACUGUGGACCACCCCUUCCUCUUCCUGAUCUACGAGCACCGCACAGACUGCCUUGUGUUCAUGGGCCGGGUUGCCGAUCCUUCACAGAGCUAAACUUUACCAAAAAAACCCUUCUGAAGAGCAAAAUUAUCCUUAACAAUCUAAUAGUUAGUAGAUGUCAAUAAUGGCCAAAAUAUUCUGCUAAUCAGCUGCAGUGAUUGUUUUGAUAAAAGCCGGGUACUUCUAGAAGUACAAUAUGUACAUGUAACAUCAAGUAAUGAGUCUGUAUGUUUUUGUAGUGUCUUAUUCAACAUCAAAAAUUCUUAUAGAGACAGGAAAUAUGUGGAGCGAGAGUGGGGGAUGACAUGAACCAAACAGCAUCAUGACCGGGAGUCGAACCCGCGACCAGUGCAACGAGGACUGUUGCCUCUGUACACGAGACGCCUGCUCUACCAAAUGAGAAAAAAACAACGCUCCACUUUGAGCCCUCUAACAACAUUCAACAGUAAACCGGUGACACAGAUUUUUGUACUGCAGCUAACAAUAAUUAACUAACAGUAUUUGUGGUUAGAGUUAAACACUAACAAGUGAGGCACUGGAAAUCUCAUGUAGAUCAUUUAACAGUGCUCUAAGUAGGAACUGUUACUAUACUAUAUAUAACACAAAUUCUUAUUUUAAAUGAUUGGCAAUGUUCCCUGUCUGAGCAGCAGUUUGUGCAGACGUCACAUACUCACCACAGCAAUCACUGGAAUGAGGACUCCAAGAUUUCCAGCACUGCUUGAUGACUACAGGAGAUAAGAAGCCAUUACUAAUUAAGCCACGCUGUUAAGAAUUUCCUGUUUUGUUUAAAUGUUGAUGCAUUAAAGCACAUACCUUCA